AUGGAGAAACUCAAGCCUCUCGCUCCCUUUCUUCUCUUCCUUUUCUUGUACUUACUUCCAUCUUUCAAUGUGGUCGCCACCGGAGCCGGAGAGUCACGGGCCGGAGAAAACCCAUUCACCCCGAAAGCCUAUCUGAUACGUUACUGGAAAAAACAAGUCUCCAAUGAAUUACCUAAACCAUGGUUCCUUCUGAACAAGGCCUCCCCAUUAACCGCCGUGGAAUCGGCGACUUUCACCAAACUAGCCGAUCAAAACCUUCUUUCCGCUCAACUACCAUCCUUGUGUUCCUCAGCUAAACUUUUUUGCUUCCCGGAUUUAUCCCCGAGUCUCGACAAGCAUGACAAAAACGUCAACUUUGCCUUGUACGUGGACAAGAACUUCACCAACUACGGAACGGAUCGACUCGGCGGGUUCGACUCGUUCAAGAACUAUUCCGACGGCGAAAAUAUUCCGGUCGACUCGUUCAGAAGGUACAGCCGGGGCUCGGUUGGUCAUGGUGAUAAAUUUUCCAAUUAUGUCCCUAACACCAAUGUGCCGGACGAGAGCUUCAACACCUACGGCACCACUGCCACUGGUGGCACCGGUGAGUUUAAGAGCUACGCCCACAACGUCAAUGUCCCGAACCUCCGGUUCACUUCAUACUCCGACAACGUAAACGGCCGGAAACAAACUUUUAAUUCCUACAGCGACGACGGUAAUGCCGGAGAUCAGCACUUCACAAGCUAUGGAAAGAAUGGUAAUGGAGCUUCCAACGAAUUCAAUAGCUAUGGUAAUAACACGAAUGUGGUUGGUUCGACCUUCACAAAAUAUGGUGAGACUGCUAAUGGCGCUAACGACAAAUUCACAAGCUACGCUUUCGAUGGCAAUAAUCCAACAAACAAUUUCAGAAAUUAUGGUGAUGGUGGCAAUUCCGCUGUUGAUAGUUUCUUGAGUUACAGAGAUCAAUCCAAUGUGGGUGACGAUUCUUUUCAAUCUUACGCCAAGAAUUCCAACGCAGCUGAGGUCAAUUUUGCAAAUUAUGGUCAGUCCUUCAAUGAAGGUACCGACAAGUUCAGUGGUUAUGGAAAAGGUGCUUCAAAUCAUGCCGUUGGGUUCAAACUUUAUGGAGUGAACAACACUUUUAAAGACUAUGCCAAAAAGGGUGUCACUUUCUCUAGCUAUAUCCAUGGAAGCUCUGUAGAAUUGACUGCAAUGGAGAAGAGUGGCAAAAAGGUAAAUAGGUGGGUUGAGCCGGGUAAAUUUUUCAGAGAGAGGAUGCUGAAGACCGGAAUUGUAAUGCCGAUGCCGGACAUUCGUGAUCAAAUGCCCAAAAGGUCGUUUUUGCCCCGGGUGAUUUCGUCAAAAUUGCCAUUUUCGACAUCUAAGCUCGAUGAGUUGAAGCAAAUCUUUCAUGCCGGCGAUAACUCUAGCAUGGCGAGUAUAAUCGCCGACGCAUUGAGCGAGUGUGAGAGAGCUCCGAGCCUCGGCGAGACCAAACGGUGCGUGGCCUCGGCGGAGGACAUGAUCGACUUCGCCACCACCGUGCUCGGCCACAACGUCGUCGUAAGGACGACUGAGAACACCGAGGGGUCAAAACAAAACAUUAUGAUUGGAGAAGUCAAAGGAAUCAACGGUGGCAGAGUCACCAAAUCGGUGUCUUGUCACCAGAGCCUGUUCCCUUACCUACUAUAUUACUGCCACUCGGUUCCCAAGGUUCGGGUCUACGAAGCGGAUCUUUUGGACCCGAAAUCUAAGGCCAAAAUCAACCAUGGUGUUGCCAUAUGUCACGUAGACACCUCAUCUUGGAGCCCCAGUCAUGGAGCCUUCAUGGCAUUGGGUUCGGGUCCUGGAAAGAUUGAAGUGUGUCACUGGAUCUUUGAGAAUGAUAUGACUUGGGCAAUUGCUGAUUGAUCUUGGAGCCAUUUGGAAGACCCUAAAUUAAACCCAUUUAAGUUGCAUUUAUGUUAUGUUGGUAAAGUUCAUUUCCAAGUCACGAUAAAUGAUUGGUUGUUUUGUGUUAAAUGAAUGUGCAAUGCUUCCACACCUUCGCAACAAGCAAAUUUGGCUCACUAUGCAAGUUGUGUAGUGUUCUUUACACAUGUG